AUGUCAGCUCUCUUCAAUUUCCAGUCAGCGCUGCUAGUGCUCCUUCUCCUCAUAUGCACGAGCGCAUACGCACAUCAAUUGUUUCCCAAUAUUAUGGAUCGGAAUAAGGAAGGCACUUUUACCGGAUUGUUCUGGAAAUGUGCGAGGAUAGGAGAGCGAUUGAGUCCUUAUAUAAGUGUUUGCUGUGUUGUCAUGGCUGUUUCUCUGUUUGUUGGUAACUAA